UUAAGGCAACAUUGCCUGCCUCAUAGCAAUUGUUCUUGUUUAUUUUGCUAUAUUUAAUUUUUUUUAAUCAACAAAGUUCUAAUAAGUAUGUUUUAAAUUGAGUUUUAUUACCUAAUACCAAUAUAGUGAUAAUAGCAGAUCAAUUUGGUAGAAUAAAAAAAUAGGAUACUAUCCCUUACAAAAUGGAUGGGACACCCGAACAAGAAAGCCCACAAAGUGAUAUUCCUCCCAAAAUGGACGGAACACUUGAACAACAGGAAAACCCACAAGGUGAUAUCCCUCCCAAAAUGGACGGGACACCUGAGCAACAGGAAAACACACAAAGUGAUAAUAUCCCUCCAAAAAUGGACGGGACACCUGAACAACAAGAAAACCCACAAAGUUAUAAUAUCCCUCCCAAAAUGGAUGGGACACUUGAACAACAGAAAAACCCACAAGGUGAUAAUAUCCUUCCCAGAAUGGAUGAGACACUUAAACCAGAAAACCCACAAAGUGAUACCAUCCCAGAAAAGGUUAGUACAUCUGACAAACUCAGCCAAACUGAUGGCAAUAUUCCCGAAAACGAUGAGGAUUGUCAAGAGAAUGCCCAAAAACAGAGUCAACCAGAGCUGCCCUUCUCUGGUUCAGAUAAAAAGAAACGUAGAAUUAAAAGGUUCACCUAUGCAAAACCCUUGAAGAGCAUAUCACCUCGUCAGGAUCUCAUAGAAUACAUUAGGCAGCAAAAGAGCCUGUUAAACAAAAAAAGUGACGAUCAGACAGCUGAGCCCCUUAGAGAUCCAUUUAGUAAGACUGAAAAAAUGCGACCAAUCAUGCAUCGGUCUUGUGCAUACGGAUAUGUUCCUUCACUGGAACACAAAUGUCCUUGGGAUGAAAGACAUCCAGAGAAGCCAGAUAGAGCAGUCGAAAUUGAUAAGAAGUUGCGAUCAUUAUACCCCAUACUCUAUAUGGUGGAUUUAGAAGACACACUGGAAUAUCACAAAGACCUUUUGGUUGCUAUAAACCUUGUUCAUGAGCUACGUCAUGAUAUAGCUCUAGGCAAGAUUUGUGAAGUGAUUGAUGAAGUACACACUAGACCAUACUUAUCAUUCCUAAGUGAUUUAUUUGAGCAGGAAGAACCAGGAGCUGUGAUGUAUGAUAGCAUUUAUUAUAAUGAACAGCAUUCUAUCAGAGCUGCAUUAGAUGCCGCAAGAAUGGCUAUUACCAUAGCACGAAAAGUGGCAACUGGAGAAGUUUUAAAUGGAUUUGCCAAUAUUCGCCCUCCUGGACACCAUGCAUGUGAUGUACCUAAUGGCUACUGCUUCUUAAAUAAUGUGGCCAUCGCAGCUGUUGAUUUACUACGUAACAAUUUGGCAGAGAAAAUCUUAAUUGUGGAUUUUGAUGUGCAUCAUGGACAAGGCACACAACGGACCUUUUAUAACUCUGAUAAGGUCCUGUACUUCUCCGUUCAUCGCUAUGAGCUGGGAACCUUUUGGCCUAAUCUCAAAGAAAGCAACUUCGACUACAUUGGCGAAGGCAAAGGGAAAGGCUUCAACAUAAACGUGCCUUUGAACGAAACCUGCUUAAGAGACUUUGAAUACAUGUGCAUUAUCCUGAAUCUGUUGCUUCCAGUGGCGUAUGAGUUUAAUCCUGACAUUGUGUUGGUUUCUGCUGGAUAUGACUGUAUCGUGGGAGAUUAUAAGGGCAGAAUGAAUGUAACACCGGCAAUGUACUCCCAUCUAAUCAGUUUGUUAACUGGCAUAGCUGAGGGCAAGAUAGCUGUAUUUUUGGAAGGAGGUUAUUUUAUACCUUCUCUGGUACAGGGAGCAUAUAAAACUGUCCAGGCUCUUCGAUACUUCAUCCCUGGCCACCUGAUGUAUUCUGAAAGUCUAAUGAAGCCCGUUGUCGACGUGGUUAACGAUGUAAAGACUGCACUGCGUCCAUAUUGGAAAUGCUUUAAGAUGGAUCCUUCGACGGAUGUUGAACAUGUUGUCACUACUGAUCUGCACAAUUACCAUGUAGCUGUAUCUGUUUUCAUUGGAAAAGCAGAGGAGCCUCCUUAUCCAUCUAGAGGUGCUUACCCAACUCUACUUGAGACCCAAAAAGUAAUUUUAGAAUUUAAAUUGCUUAGUCUUCAAGAUAUGUACUUCAAAACUGACCGACCAGUUCAUGUGGGAUUCAUAGAAAACCUAUUGGCAUCAGAAAGACAUGUGCCUCCAGAGUAUUUUCCAAACACACAAGAAGUCCCUAAUCGAGUGGUUACUAUGAUCGCUGCGUUACAAAAAUACGAGCUGCUCCACAGAUUGAUUACUGUUACUGCGGAUCCUUUAUUGGACGACCCGAUUAAAACCAGUAUGUUAUCCGAUCAAACGAAACUAGCUCUAUUUAGAGUCCAUCCAAGAGAUUACGUCGCACAAAUAGCAACCGGAGAGGGAAUGGAAAUACGUCCAGACUUAUAUGUGACUCCUCAGGAAUCCCUUGAGGCAUGCCUUCAAUCCUGCGCAUCUAUUUGCCAUAUAAUUCGUGACAUAAAAGAAGGGAAGUACCGACAUGGGGUUGCGAUCUUGAGACCUCCAGGCCACCACGCCAAGCAGAGGAAACCUGGGGGAUUCUGCCUUAUUAAUCAAGUAGUAGUUGGGGCUCGAUUCGCCAUAGACUUUUGUCUUUUGCCAAGGGUGCUUAUUGUGGACUUCGACAUUCAUCAUGGAAACGGCACACAGGAGCUGACCUACGACAGCAAAGAGAUAAUGUACAUAUCGAUCCACAGAUAUGACAAUAAAACCUUCUUCCCCAAUGAAGAAGCUGGUAAUUACACUAAUAUCGGCGUAGGACCAGGCCGAGGAUACAAUAUGAACAUUGCUUUUAAUAACGCAAAAAUGGGCAACGCCGACUACCUGUUUACAUGGCUGAAAGCAGUAGUUCCCCUCGCCUACGCUUUCGACCCUAACCUGAUUAUUAUUUCAGCAGGAUUCGAUGCUUGUGUCCAUGACCCUUUGGGAGGCUACAACGUUCAUCCAGAACUCUUUGGUCACUUGGUGAACACAAUUAAAAACGUCGCUCCGACAGUUUUAUCAUUGGAAGGUGGUUAUCAUUUCCAAGGAUCGGCUUUGAGCAUGGUGUGUUGCGUUCGAGCCCUUUUAGGAGACCCCAUUCCCAUGCCUGAAUUGGGCGAGAUUCAUCCGGAGGCAGCUGAAGCCACUUACCGCACUUUGACCGUCAUGAGACCGUUCUGGCCAAUAUUUGACACCUGCAAAAUCCUGGAUAAGAAGGUCCGUACCCCAGAAGAACUGGAUGAAACUAUUAAAAAUGCCGAUCGCGCAUUUUCUAAUUUACAUUUUUAAAGCACUAUUAGCAAUAAGAAUGGUUAUGUAACAUUCUCUAACUUAGUAUUUAAUGUUCGUUUUAUAUUUUUUUUAAGGUAGCUUUUAAUAUAACACGUUACAAGGGAUGUCAGCGUUAACAGAACUGAUUUGGUGACUUCGUAUGUAGUUUUAUAAAAUUUUUGAUGUUUGAGUUUCGUUAAGUUUUUUAAAAACUUCUUGUUCUAUUUAGUUAUUAGGAUGUUCGUUUAUGUUAAUCUAAUAUGACAGUUAUAUUUGUCUAGUAGGUGCCAAUUUCAUUCCUUAACUUUCACUAACUGUGAUAUUAAUUUAUUAUUAAGGUUUGUUACUAGUUUUUUACUAAUACCAAAGAGGUGUUGUGAGAGUUAUUAAUAAUAGAUUUUAUCUUGCUAGCAGCUAAAAAUCACAGUUUUUAAUGUAUAAGCCUACUACAAAUAUUUAUAAUGACUAGGAACGACUGAUGUUAAUACUCUUAAUAUUUUAUAAAAUUUACAUUCCAUUUGUUCAGUCAUUACCAUUUGAUGUUUGUCAUAUUUAUUCGUUUAAUAAAUAAACUAUUUUGUGUAAA